GAGAUAACGUUUGUGUCUGCGAACUUUCACAGUUCACUCAUGUCUGUGGGACUCGAACCCGCUUUAUCCCGCGACGAGGAGUUCGUGAGCCGGUUUCCAAUACACCGCGCCUGUCGGGAUGGAGAUGUUGGAGCUCUGGUUUCACUGUUCCAGCAGCUCUCGAACCAGGCGCAGUUGACAGUUGAGGACUCCUGCUACGGAUGGGCUCCCAUACACUGGGCUGCUCACUACGGACAGCUGGAGUGUGUGGUGCGCUUGGUGCAGAUGGGUUGUGAGGUGAACACUGGGACUAGCCGCUUCAACCAGACACCAACACACACGGCAGCAUUUGGAGGACAUCCUCAGUGUCUGGUGUGGCUGACUCAGGCUGGAGCUGACGUCGACAGGCAGGACUUUCUAGGUGAGGCUCCCAUCCACAAGGCUGCUCGUUCAGGUAGCUUGGAGUGUAUCCAGGUGCUGUUGAUAGCAGGUGCUAAACCACAUUUAAGGAACGCCAGCGGACAGACGGCAGCGGACCUGGCCCACGCUCACGGCUUCCAGGACUGUUCCCGCUUCAUCUCCAAAACCCAGAAGCACCCGCCGCAGCUCAGUGGACAUGUCAAUGGAGUACAGAAUGGGAAUGGGGUCCCGUGUGGUCAGGACCUGCUCAGCAGGAAGAGGCUGCUGAUGGACACGGACACUGGGCACAUGAAGAAAGCCAGGAGAGCUGAGAAUGUGUUGGUGCAGAUGCAGAGCUGUGGAGCUGAUGAUUCGGAGAAUAUGAACAUGGAGGCUACACAGGACCUCAGCUCAGCAGAAUGUUUUAAAGCAGAUGACACCAAAGCCACCACCAACGGCCAUCAUCACGCGCUGCCUUACGCUGACCAGGACGACCCUGAAGCCAAAAGCCUCUCCUCGCCGUCCUCCUCUCCUGCCAAUCAGCAGGCGGCAGCGCCCGCCCAGCACUCCUUUGCCGACAUGUGCGGCUCGCUGCAUCUGACCGGCAGUCCCAGCAGCUGUGUGUCCCACCGGCCGGCCUGGUGGGGGCUGAUGGGAGCAGAGUGCAGGGACUUCCUGCAUUACGGACACUACCACGGCUUUGGGGACACGGCGGAGGAGCUGAGUGACGGCGGCUGCCGCGACUACAGCGGCAGCAACCAGGCUGAGCACAGAUACAAGCAGGCUGCGGCCAGCACCAUCCACCUGUACCACGGCUCGUAAAGACCUCACAACCAGCCUGCCGCAGUCAGGGGACGAUUACACUCGCACAUGCUUUCUCUUAACUUGCUUUAAAGAACAAUCUGACGUUUUGGGAAUUAAUAGUUUGCUGCCAAAUUCAGAGUCACUGCGACAGACAGCCAGGACACAUUUAAUCCAGUUUGAUUAAACAACCAUCAGUUUCUAACGGUUACGAAACAGUGUGAUUUUAAUGCUGAUGCCUCUGUAUGACGUAAAUAAGCAAAGAUUGGAUAUUUCUAUAUAGUUAAUAUAUUAACUGUUAAUGCCUGUCGCCAGGUGGGUUCAUAAUUGGAAAAAGUCAUACAAAGUUAAGAAGCUGCUUUGUAGUCUGUUGGUACAGUACAACACUAGAGUUUCCUGUGUUCCAUCAUAUCGCCAUGCAUCCUGAAACCCACUUAGGAAAUGCUGGAUCAGUCAUUAAGGAUUACUCAAGUCUGUGGGCUCAUCCAGUACCGCAUGAUAGCCAUGAAACACAACACAACAGGUUCAGACCCUAAUCCAGAACUGCAGUAUCGACAAAAAAACAGUGAUGUUCAUUGUGGCGGAUGGAUUAGCUUUUAGCUGACUCCAGCGCAGCAAACUUUUCUCAAAAUGCCAGAAUGCUCCUUUCAGGCUGCAAUGUUUUGGACUGAUUUUAAAUUGGGGGUCAGAUUUAUGACUCACUGGCUCAGAAACAUCCCAACUGCUCAUACUGCAUUGUUAAAGAGUGUUUUGCCAUCAUAAUAACAAACACAAUUUCCACUUCUCCAGAGUGAUGGGCUGGAGGAGUGGCUUGACGACGAUCUGUCAGUGUGACAGCGUUCCAUUACUUUCCUGAACUCUCUUGGUCACCUUCGAAUGUCCAUUCCUGCUGCCCAAGGUGAAAUGUAGAGAAACGUUUUUCUUCCUCUCUGUUGGUCUACUGCCGGCUGGUUUUGCACUUUCUAAAUCAUGUCAGGUUGCAUUUUAUGAUGUGUUUGUGUGGACAGUAGUACAGGUGCGUGUUGGUGGAUGCUGUCGUUGGCCUGAUCUGCCGUCCUUUAGCGGGGAAGAGCAACUGCACUGGCAGUGAAUACGCCUUGUUAACCCUGAGUUACCAAAGGGAAUAUAUUGUGGGUUUGUGUUGCUUAUAACUGAAAUCCAUUGUUAUUUAUAUUUUAGAGCAGAUGAGUGUCCUUAUUCAGAGCUGUACUGUAAUUUUAUAGCAUACUGUAGGCUUUUGAGGGAAUCUUUUCAGAGUAUUGUAACAUUAAUACGGUGUGCUGAACACAUGCUGCCUCUUUUUGUAUAGCUGUGUGGGAAUGUUCACUGUGUGCCAAAAACUGACAACUGUUUUUAUACCUGUUCUGGUUUUUGCCUCUUUUACAAUUAAAUCACAUUUUGCAGUUUUG